AUAAUUUUUGUCUUUAGUUCCCCUUUGAUAAGCCAGAUUUCAUGCAUAACGAAAGUUAUCUGCAAUUGAGAUGUAAAAACCCCCUAUUAAGGUAACAAAGGGUUACUUUUUUGCUCAGGGUAGGUUAUUUUCAUCAAGCCUAGGAACAAUUUCUUUCAAGGAAGCUUUAUUUUCGUCACAUUUUUCUUAUAGGCUCCAAAGUUUAUAUAUACUUUUUCAUGUAUAAAGGGAAGGUUAUUUUAAAUGAAUAUUAGGCUUGUCAGCCAAAAAUUUUAAAAGGAAAAAUUCCUGGAAAUCCAAAACUAUUCUGAAUUUACAACAUCCAUACUGCAUUUUAAAAACAUCAUUUUGGUUUGGCAAUGCAUCUUAUAAAUCAAACAUACAGCUAGUUAUGCAAUAAACUAGACAAUAAAAUGGUGAUUCAGGCUGAAAAUUAUCUUAAGGUAAAAAUGUGUCAUUAUUAUAUGUUACUUUAUUACUUACUUUCAAUAUACAUGGGAGAUAAGAAUAUUUACUAAUGUCACCAAGUAAAAGUCAGAAAUGUUAGGUUGAAUUAGCCAAUCAGAUUUUUUCCCUUUUUUAAAUAUUUGCAAGGAUUGAAUCUUAGAUCUGUUUUAAGAAAUUAACAUCAAUGUUUACAGUCUGUGUUAUGUAUGUAUUAAAUUUACAUUUGUUAUUGUAACCCAAAGUUUUAAGGAACAUCCAUACUGGUCCAAUAAAGGGAAAAAUUAAGGAAUGUCAGGAAUUUCAGUCAACAAAUAUCAGCCAUAACUCUGUUACUUUACCAUGCUACACACAGUUAAGCAUAUUUCAGUCUUGUUAUAUCCUUCUGACAUACCACUAUACUAUCUAAACUCGAUGUUGGGCAAUAAUACAAUCAGUUUUCUGGCUAUUCUUUAUAAGGUAAAAUAAUCCUGCCAUUUAAUCUUUAUAUAACGCAUAAGGCAAGGUUCAAGUUUUUAAUUUUUUGCUAAUAAACAUUCAUACUCUAAGCCUGAUUGUGUUUUACGUUUAGUCAUAACUUGGCCUCAUUUAAAAUAUCCACUUGCUUACAAAGAAACUAGUGUUUUAGCUUAAAAAAUAAACUAAAAUAAGUGUAGACAACAUAUAUAUAGUGGUAUUAAUUAAGGAAAACCAGGAUUUGUCAAAUUUUCAGACUCUUGGGACUUAAUAGUUCAAAUUAGAGUGGACUUCCUGGAUACUCUCCAUUUGGUUGCUGUAAAACUUUUUAGUAUUUAGCUUGCUGUUUUUUUAAUUUUAGUAAAAACAUUUUAAAGGACUAAAUAACGUAUAAAUUUUAAAACUUGGUUCAAAAAAUAAAUUAUAGAUGUAUAAUUUACUAUAGAUUUUUUGCACGUUUUCUUAAAUUUAAAAAGGUUUAGGGAACAUCUGAUGUUACAGUUUUUAUCAAGGUGCCAAACCAUUAUUUUAGAUCAUAAACAAAACUUCUGCAUAGUUUAUAUUCAGACUUACAUUUACCAAACAACAUAAUUAUCAUAUCAGACUUUUUUCAACUGUGAUAUUUUAAGGUAGAAUAUUUAGGAUUUCAUGGUGGUAUUUUAUGUGUGUAUGUAAAUGGAAUGGCUAUAUAGAAAGUAUUCUUUUGUUGUUAUGCUAAAAGUUGUUUAUGAAAUCUCAACUAAAAAAAGCCAUUUAGCCCCUCUCAAAUAUAAAAUGCCAUAAUGUAUCAUCUUGUUUACGUUCUGUGCUAGUUGCAGCUUGAAAAAGAGAAGAAGAAUUAACACCGUUUAUAUAUUAUUAAAAUAUGCUUGUGAGAUGCCAUUCAUUGGAGGUGGCCAUAGUUUGUCUGUUUUCAUGUUGUUUUUCACUAAGCAAGAAAGAUUAAAGAUAAGUUUUUGUAAAAAAAAAAAAAUCAUUUUUAUUUUUCAUUAAAGACUUUCUUUCUCAUCAUUUUUUUAUUAUCUGAAAUUAAUCUUUCACAAAUAAAACAUGUGAAAUACAGUAGCGUGGUUUAUAUAUAUUUUAUUUUGUGAAAAGUCAUUUUCUGUGAGAUAAAAAACAAAAAUUUGUUGCGUAUGCUAACUUUCAUUUCUUAAAUGUUUGGAAGACAUGCUGAAUUUGCAAUAUAAUUAAUAAUACGUAAUAAAUUAGUGACUCAACUGUAUUUUCCUUUUACUUUUUUGCAGCUUUAGUUGUUUUGUCCUACCUUUGCCUUUGUCUACCUUUGCAUUUGUUUACCUUUGCAUUCUCCAAUUAUGAUUUUACAUCUUUUUUUAUUGUUGUUCUUGAUGCUAUUUUGAGGUGUUGUUCUUGAUGCUAUUUUGAGGUGUUGGUUGAAGUGUGUAGGUUAUAGCACAUUCCUUGCAUUUCUGCCAAGAAAGAGGCCUAAUCAGUGUCCAGCGUUUUUAUUUUUGCCUGACCAAAUAACUUCACAGUUGUUAAUUUUUCCUUUUCCUUUCCAAUGCAUUUCAACAAGACCUAGAAUAUCACAAUUAUAGGGUUUGGUUUCUCUAUGCAAAAAUUUUAAUUUUCCAUUGCCUCACAAAGAAUUUAUGUUCUAUGUUCUGAUUUGUAUUGUUCGUUUGGCAACCUUAUUUUUUCUUGUUUUUGGUACAGACAGGGAAAAUGCUUUUUAACCUGCAGGAAAUCAUAUUUUUCUUCUUUUUUCAAUUGAGUUCAUAAUUGUUGAUGUCUGUAAAAAUGUGGUUUGUUGUGCAAUAUAACUAACCUGAUUAGUUUUGGUUUUAAUAUUAUAUGAAAAGAUCAGGCUUUGUUUUAAGGCAUCAACUGCACUAUGAUUUAUACAUGAUUAAGUCGUCAUCAUAUUUGUUAUUGUAAGCUCACUACACACACAGUAUUUUGUUUCCUGUUUCUUUAUCUUAUUAUUUAAAAAAUAUUAUUACUUCAUCUAAAUCUGUCUGUAUUGCUUUUCUAAUUGCAGUUAAAAACAUGCUGUGAAAUUAAAUAACUUGGUAUAAGAAGAAAUCUUUAUUUGGUUUUGAUUUCCCUACUUAUCUAUUAUUUUUGCAGGCACGCAUUUUGUAACCUGUGUUUUUAGUAGUAAAUAAAACAACAACAGCAUAUUCUCUAGAAAAACAAAUAUGAUAUGAAAGGAUGGACGUGACAAAUAUUACGAUCCAGGAAGAAGAUGUCAUCAAGGUUUUGUUGGACUAUUUGUCUUCGAGAAAUUACUACGUUACCAUGAGGACGCUUGAAAAAGAAAGUUGUGUUGUUAAUUGUGACUGGUCUGAUGAAGUUCUUUUUCUACGUGAACUUGUUUUGGAUGGUGAUUUUAAUGAAGUGUUAGAGUUUGGAAAUUCAUUUUCCUCAAAACCAAACUUUAACCACCAAUUUUUUAGCUAUAUUGUUUUAAGGCAAAGGUUUAUAGAAUUGAUAUACAUGAAGUCACAUAUUCUUGGAAAAGAGAGUAGUGCUUCUGUAGAGGACGUUAUGAAGACAUUAUCUCAACUUGAAUUAUAUUGUCCUAAUAAGGAGGAAUAUAGCAACUUGUGCUGGCUACUAACAGUGCCAGAUUUAACCACCCAGGAGGAGUUCAGAAAUUGGACGCUUGAUAUAUCUAGGUUGAAAUGUUUUGAGGACUUGUUGGACUGUUUAAGUGUUAUAAUGCCUUCUGUUCGCAAAAAGAUUCCUUCAAAAAAAGUAGCCGAAACUGACAGACUGUUACAACUCAUUGUAAAAGGAUUGUUUUAUGAAUCUUGUACAGAUUAUUGUCAGUCGAUAGCAGCUGGCCGAAUGGAAAGUUUAAAAUUGCACACAAACGUUCUUAAAGGGAUGUCAAGGGAUUAUCCAUCAAAUUUGUUUUCCUGGGUACAGUCCCUGCCUUAUGAAGCUUUCAGAAACCCUUUUGAACAAUUUGAUGUCGAUAUACAUUAUUCAGGAAUUACAAGAAACCCAUCUGUUUUGAAGAAUUUUAUAUUUCGAGAUACAAAGUAUUUAACAAAAAAGAAAAACAAUUUAAAUCUAAAUAAAAGUAUAAGCAUGGACAAAAAUCAAACACUAGUUCAAAAAAAAUCUGAUUUGAUUAAAACAGAACAAAAAAGCAGUUCAAAUAAUGAUGUGGAAAUGAUUAUUCCAGAUACACCAGUUAUUCAAAGCACAGUCUUACUGCCAGAAAGGACUGAAAAGGAGUGGAGUGCAGAUACAUUAGAAACUAAGGAUACCAUUGACGACAAUCACCCUGUAGCUUUUGAAAUUGUUGAUGAAAAAACAUUGAAUGAAAAGGAAGAAGAACUGAAAAGGAGAGAGAAAGUCAUGGAAAAGCUUCAAAGCUUAGAAGAGAAAAGGAUGAUACGUCAAAAAGAACUUUUGGAAGGCAUGACAAGUGACAAAAAAAAUCAUUCAAUGCAUGACAUAUCUCAUUCGAAUCAAUCGAACAAUGGCGGUAUUGUGGAAGGGUUGACUCCUGAUGCACACCAAAAAAGUUUUUCAAUGGAGUUCAGUUUAACAUCAACACCAAUGACAACAGACGCUGCAACAAGUAAUCCGAAUGUGAACACGUCCUCUACCGAACGGAAACGUUUCUUCAAUGCGAAUCAUAUUAAUAAGCUUCCUAACACAAGUACUCCCUAUAAAACAGACCUCGUACCUCCUGUUGUCAAUUCUUCGAAACAUUCGAGUCAUAAACACGAACAAGAACAGCAUAGAAACGUGACGAAAAUUCUUCAAAAUGAUAUACAUAAAGAAGUGGAACGUGAAGAAAUGAAAGAAGAAGAGAAAAACGAAAAUAAUGAAAAUAAUGAAAUUGGCAAAGAAAACACACAAGUGCAAGACAAUCUAGUGCUAGGUCCUGUCAUCAAUGGCGUGCGACGACCAAUCGCAGCCACAUUGCUUGAUUCGUCGGCCUCUCAAAAACGCAGAGCCGCCGAACAACCGCCAGAGCCUGUAAAUGUUAUGCCCGAACUGAAAGGUGCAGGACCUAAAAUCAAAACGAGGGAUGGAAGUAAAGUGCAUUUGAAGGAGUUAAUAAAAAGCAAAGAAAAAGACACCAAGCCAACCAACACACAAAAAAAUGUUGAAGAACAAAAUCAUCACGUGUCUGCUCCUCCCAUACCAGACAUGGAUGAUGUUAUAGUGAAAUAUACAGCAGUGUCCAUGUUGGAAGAUGCACAGGCCGUACGCUCUGUUGCGUUUCAUCCCAGCGGAGAAUUUUAUGCGGUCGGUGCGAACUCGAAAAUACUGCGAAUCUGCAAGGUAGCAGGAAUUAGCGAGGCGAAAGCUGGCAAUGUCACUACGGCUAUGCCUGUGGUAUUUAAACGACCGAAAUAUCACCGCGGUUCAAUCUACACGAUGGCUUGGAGUCCUGAUGGUAGGAUACUAGCUACUGGUUCCAAUGACAAAAGUAUAAAAAUAUUACAUUUUGAUCGCCAACACUGUGUGCAGACUAACGACGACUUGGAACUGAAUAUUCAUAAUGGCACCGUUCGCGAGUUGACGUUUGUACCAAAAAAGGACGGGCUUUUAAUUUCCGGCGGUGCAGGUGAUGGCAACGUGAAUGUAACGGAUAUAGCGUCUCAGAAGGUGAUCGGCACUUUAAGUGGACACGGCGGCAAUGUAUUCACCGUCUUCGCUGGCGAUGGCGAUCUGGUCGCGACAGGUAGCGCUGACAACACACUUCGUUUGUGGGACUUGCGGUCUCAACGAUGCGUCGAUGUAGUCGUGGUUGGGGAGAGCAGUCCUGCGACAACUGCUUUGAGUGCAUCAAAUAAAUAUCUAGCUUCAGGACAAGAAGAUGGUAGUAUUUUGUUGUACGACAUCGCUGCUGGAAGAACAUUACAAAACUUUCGUCUUCAUCAAAGUGAUUGUCGUAGUGUACGAUUUUCUCCUAAUAUGGACUAUUUGUUGACGUCAUCGUACGACUCCACAAUCGGUUUGAUGCACCUCAUGAAAAACCUCGAUAAAAACGUACCGAAACAUUACACGGUGGCGAGACACGAUGAUAAAGUCAUUCAAUGCAGAUGGCAUCCAACGGACAAUAUUUUCUUGUCGUCAUCUGCUGAUAGAACUUCGGUUUUGUGGAAAGCUGUUCCGUAAUUUACCACGUAUCACGUUUUUGUUUGGAUUUUAACUCUCCAAUAAGUAGAUUGCUUUUUCCGUUUUCUUUUCUGGCAAAUGUACGCCAAGAGCGAAGGCGAAAAAAAAUAGAUCAAUUUUUAUGUUCACUCUGUUGGAACCGUCACCCCUCAUCAAUUUUCUUUUAAUCUUUUAGUACAGAUUUUUUCUUAUUUUACCCUCAAAACAGAUUUUAAUAUAUAGCACUAUUUAAAUUAACUUAUGGAUUUUUUUUCAAUAUUUAAUUAUAAAACACAAAAUGGUUGUAAAUAUUAUAUACAAGAUAGAAAUAAUAUAAUUCA